GAUUCUGGUUUGGGGGCGAGAGGUCCCGAGUUCGAUUCUCGGAAUGCCCCUUUUUCUUAUUCAACUCAUUUUCCUAUUUCCCUCCAAAUUCCCACUCUUUUUCCUCGUUUAUCGCUUCGCAUCCCCAAAAUCCACAACUCAAAUUCAUAUUACAGUCUCUCACCCCAAUUUCACUAUCAUUUUCUAUCAUUUCAUUUGUAAUCUUACCUAAUCAACGUUAUAUUCCAUGAGUUUAUCCUCCAAUCUACGAUUAAGUUUUCAGUUUUUCUUUUAAACUUUUUAGUCAUCACUAGCUUCUCAAAUAAGCUUCUACGUCGAUUCUUCCAUCUUCUGUAGAAUAAUGCCGGUUUUCUUGUUUCUAAUCGGUUUUUGUUGUAGGCGUUUGGUGUGAAUUGAAAGAACUGAUUAGGGUUUUGGUUUUGCACAAAGUGUUUAAUUUAUGGCCGCAUUGGAUGAUCGUGAAGCGGGCAACAACCUUAAUGUAAGUGUUGAGGAUGGUCAUCUUAUUGCUGGGGAUUUUGAUUUCACCGAAGAAUUGGAAAGCCCGUUGCAGAAUUUGGAUGCAGAUACUGAGGAGUUGGAUAUUUCACAUUUUGUUGGCGACCUAAGAGCCCUAAUGGUAGAUGAUAGUGAGGAUGAAAUUGUGCUGGAUAGUGAUGAUGAAGCUAUCUCUGAGCAAAAACAGGGAAAAAUAAGAGGAUGUUUAUGGCGACAUGCACAAUCCGUUGAUGUUGGUUCUUCAGCGGGAAGCAAUUUGACAGACAAACUAACUGAUAAUAUUCCCAGUGAAAGAUCAGAAGAGAGAAACUUAGUGUCACAUAAUGAAAAUGAAUUUGGGAGCUGGGAUACAGACACAAGAUGUUCAAAAGGAGAUAAGCUUGUUAAUUUAAAUGCCUCUUCUAAUAAUUUUGAGGAUGAGAAUGCAGUAGUUGAUGAAUCUCAAGAACCUGGAGAAUCAGCAGAAGCUGAUGCAUUGAAAUUUGUGGAUCAUUUUCUGUCAGUUAGUGCUGUAAACUCCUCUCCAGAAGUCAAGAUUCUGAAAUAUGAUGGACCAAGAUCACCUUUUAGUUCAUGUGCAAAAGGGUCCCAAAAAUUAGCAAUGAAGACCAGUUUUAUGACCAAAAUCGGUUUUUCAACCUUCGAUUGGGAUAGUGAUAAACCUGAUCAUGGAGGGGGGUUCUUUUUGGAAAAGAAAACAGAACCUGACAUACAAAGAGAUAAACAUUUGAGUGAAAGAUGCAAAUCCAAACAGCUGCCUAGAAACGAUAGCAAUGAGAGGGAUGAACCACCAGAUAUGUUUGAUGUUGGUUUUAACACUCAAAUGGCAGCUGAAGCUAUGGAAGCCUUGCUAUAUGCCACACCUCCACAUAUUGAUGUUAAUGAACAUACAAGGGUCAAGAAUCCAUCCAAAAAGUUCUCAUUUCCUUUGAGUGCUAACUGUGAUUCACAAACCAAUGGAAUAAGUUUUAAGCAAAAGAGGGUUGCUAACAGAAGACAUAAAAUGUCUACUUGCUUCCAUAAUAAAAACCAAAGAGAGUUGAAUCUUGAGUUACCGAAUCUAGGAAAGGAUGAAAACUGCACAAAUGGGGAUAAUCUUAUUGAACCAAAGAAGAAGGUACAUGAGAAAUCUUUGAAAGUUUAUAAACGAAGGAAGCAAAAACAAGAUGCAGACAAGGAAAACAUAAAACCAGAUAAGGAAGUUAAAACCUUUUCACCUGUGGCUUCUCGAACUAGACAUGGGUCCUCUGAAAAACGCUCACAUAGGACUGCAGAUGCAACGUAUAAUGUCAAGGGUGGCAAUGGUGAGAUGGAAGGGAACUUCAGGGAAGCUUCUUUCAUGUCAAGUGUAAAGAGGAAAGCACGCUCUGCUUCCAUAUACAGGUCAACAUCUGGAAAGAAACUUAGCAACAGUAAAUGUGUUUCAAUGAGGAUAAAGAUGAUUCCAAAAACUUUAAACGAAUUUGAACACUCAUUCGAAUCUAUACCAGCUUUAGGUGGUGAGGAGAAGAUAAAAGAUUUAUCAUCAAAUGGAAAGAACAAGACACCAUACAUUAUGAGUAGCGCCUCUAGGACUUCUGAUCAGGUAGGUCUACCCCGGAAGCAACUGCACAAGAAAAGCUCUACAAGUUCCUCUCUCAGGAAUGAGCUUCCUAGAUUGGGAAUUUCCGAAUCUGCCCCUGUUUUUAUGUCAAAGGAUUUGAGAAGACGUAGAAGUAAGGUAGAAAUCCGUGUGUUGUUCAGCCAAAGCCUUGAUGAUGAUGUGGUUAAGCAGCAGAGAAAGAUUCUGAAAAAGUUGGGAACUUGUAUGGCAACGGAUUGCUCAGAUGCUACACAUUUUGUAGCUGAUAGAUUUGCAAGAACAAAGAAGAUGUUGGAAGCAAUGGGUUUAGGUAAACAAAUUGUGACACCCUUGUGGCUAGAGAGUUGUGAUCAGGUAGGGUGUAUUAUCGAUGAGAAAAAUUACAUCCUUAGAGAUGCUAAAAAGGAAAAACAUAUGGGCUUUAGCAUGCCUGUUUCAUUGUCUCGUGCAACAACACAUCCACUUCUAAAGGAUCGAAGAGUCUUCAUUACCCCAAAUGUAGAACCUGACAGAGAAAUGAUUAAAAACUUGAUCAAGGCUGUUCAUGGUCAGGUCAUGGAAGACAUUGAGCAAGCUAGCAUGGAGUGCAAGACCUCAGAUGAUAUGUUAAUACUGUCUUGUGAACAAGAUUAUGUAUCAUGUGUUCCAUUCUUAGACAAAGGUGUAGCAGUUUAUAGUUCGGAACUCUUACUAAACGGGAUCGUUAUUCAGAAACUAGAAUACGCCAAACAUCAGCUGUUCAAGGGGCAUAUUAUAAUGAAGCGCUAUGCAAGGAAACGGAAGAAAAAUGGAAGCGGGGAUCUUGAUGGUAGUUAGAAGAAACAUCAACAUCAACAUUCUGAUGUUUUGUACAUUUGUUCUCAUAUUAUAGCGACAUGUCAAAAUGGCUGUUUUGAAAUAUGGUUUUCAUCACUUUUUGCUACAAAUCCCAAUUCCCAAAUGUCGUUUUGAUUCUUGUUGUAGUCGAAUGAGGAUUUUUGGCAUACCUUUUUCG